GUUAGUUUGAGAAUUAUAUUUUUCAUUUCAUUUUAUUCUUUUAUUGAAUUAAGAAUGGAGUACAAAAUUUUACGACUCCAUUGUAAUACAUAUACAAAAGAUUACAUAUAACAUCUUAAUAUGUAUAGUGUGUAAAAUAUAUGUGUGUGUUUACAAAUACUACAUAAAAAAAGUAAACAAUAUAUGCAACGUCCAUUAAAUAAACUGCUGAAAACCAAAAAUAAAAAAAAUAUAUGAAUUGACUUUCUCUAAAUGAAUAAAAAAUUUUUUCAAACACCAGUUGAGUUUUGAGAGCCUUUGAUUUCGGUUUAUUUUUCAUCGUCGCUGUCGCUGUCACUGUCGGUAUAAAGUGUGUCGCAUUCUUUAAAGAAAAUAAAAGAAAGAAAAUGACAUUUUUUUUUUUGUUUUAUUUUAAUUUCUAAUGUGUGCGUGUGUUUAUGACUUUAUUUUUGACGUUUUAUAUUAAUGUUGAAUAAAAAGUUGAAAUUUUUUUGGUAAAAUUACAACAUUAUUGGAAAUGAAUAAAAAUUUAAUUUAAAUGAAAAAAAAAACAAGAAUGUAAUUAAAAAUUUUGAAAAAUAAAUUAAAUAUUUUAUGCAAUUAUUUAAGAAUUUGUCAACGUAAAAAUUGUAAGAGUUCGAAAUAAUUUUGAAGUUAAUAUCAAAAAUUUAUUGUUCAAUACUUUUUUUUUCUUUUUACUUUUAAGGAAUUGAUGCGGCUUCGAUUAAUUUUUUUUUUGAUUAUAUUUUAGCGUUUACCGGGGGUAAAAAAUAUAAUAAAUAAAUAAGUUGCGCAACAUAUUCAACAUAAAAAAAAUAAUAAUUUCAAGUGUGGUGAGAAUAAAGGAGUUUUAUUAAUAUUAAAAAAUAAUUUAUAUGCGACACAAUAUUUUCACUUGAAUAAAUUUAUAAUUUAAAAAUUUAAUAAUUAUAAAUAAAAAAGAAAGAAAUCUGUCGGUACCUGAUGUUCAAUUAUUUGGAUAUUGAAUUUUUGAAAUAUCAACUUGGAUAAAAGACUAUCAGCAGCAGUAUAUAAGUUCUCUAAAGAAAAGAAAAAAAUUUUUUGCUUGAAAUUAUUUGAAUUUUUAUAAUUUUCAUAAAUUGAAAUCAAUUAAUAAAAGUAUAUGAUUACAAAAAUUAGUGCCUCUAAAAAUUUGAAUAAAAAAAUUAAAUACAUAAAAAUCUUAAAAAAGAAGAAUAAGUGCUUAUAGAUUACACCUGAAUUUACGGGAAGAAUUUGGAAAGGUGUUUGAAAAAGUUUAAAUAUAAAUGAUAUAGAAAUUAGUGAAGUACCAUUAUUAAAAAAUGUCCAUUUAAUGAAAUUGAAUUUAUUACACGUUGAAGAUUUUUGAGAAGCUACUGUCUACCAGAAUACAUUAUUACAUAUUUCAGUUACACUCUUUGACUAGGAUUUCAAAGAGUUUAUUUUUUUUUCUUAAAUAUCUAAAGAUAUUUUUCUAUGAAAAAAAAUUAAAGAAAAUUAAAAAAAAAAUUAAUUUGGAAAUUGUAUUUAAGGAAUAUACUACAAUUUUUUUUCUUUACAAUUUUUGGCGUAAAUCAACUGAAUAAUUGCCUUAAUUUUAAAUUCAAUUUGUUUUUUAUUUUUAAAUAAAAAACCAAAUAAAAUUUUUGAAAAAAUAAAAAAAAUAAAAACUGUGAUAUUUGUAAACAAAAAGUCAGUCAUUUUUUUUUUAAUUUUCGUAUUGAAAAACCUAAAAAUAAAGUGCACUUCUUCUUCGAAUUAAGGAAAAAUAAAAUAAAAAUUAUCAAAAAUGAAGUAAAAAAACUACAAAAGAAAAAACAAUUCUUAAUUAUAAAAAUCAAAAAGGAAAAAAUUAUUUGAAUAUUGGUUCAUUUUGGGUUUUAAAAGCAUUAAUUAAAUUUUAUAAAUAAAAAAAUGAUUAAAUUAAAAUCAUUCUUUCGUAGAGGACAAGGUCCUUCAGGAUCUAAAAAUUCUACAAAUCAACAUUUAGAUCCAAAUCAUCACAAUAAUAAACAGCAACAACAAAUUCAUAACUCAACAAAUAAUUUGAAAACGUCUAGUUCAGUAUCAAGUCUUGAUGGAAUCGGUUUAAAAUCUAAUAGUAAAGCAACAAAAUUAAGUCAAAAAUUACACGGAUCAAAUGAUAAAUUACAAUCACAUCAUCAUCAUCAUCAAAAUCAUCAUUUUAAAAGUUCAUCAAAAGAUAAAUUAGAUUCAAGAAACGGUUCCAAAGAACAUAUAGUUGAUAGUUUGGAUGUACAACAACAACAACAACAGCCUCCAGCACCACCAAUUAAAUAUAAAAAGAAACAGCCAACUCAAAUGCCUAUCAUACAACAGAAUGUCAUAGCAAAUAAUAAUUUAUUAGAUCAACGAGAUGUAAUUGGUGAAUAUAAUGAACGUAGUGUUGAUUUAAUAACAAUUGAUCCAAAUAGAGAGGCUACACUGCAACAACAACAAUCAAUGAUGCAGGAAUUACAAAGUCAUUUAGAAAGACUGACUAGAGAAAAGAUGGCUCUUGAAGCAAAAGUUACUGAAUUAUCAGCAUAUCAAAAUGAAGUACAGCUUUUACGAAAUGAAAUUGCAAAAUUACAAAGUAUACAAGAAAAAAAUGAUUUAGAAAUUCAAAAGCUAUCAGAUGAAAAUGAAACUUUGCGAAAUCGAUUGCGAGAUGUUGUUAAUUCGCCAUUAUCAGAUGCUGAGAAACAUCAAAUAAUUCAAGAUUCACAAAGAUUACAUAGUUCAGCGCCAGCGUCAAUUGCCUUACCAAAUAAUCAUGAAGUUGAUGGAACUCCAUGUGUUACUCCAGACUGGGAUAAAAAUUCAUCGAGUAGUGAAAUUUCAGUGGCAUGUCUACAAGAUAAAAUUAUUCAAAUGGAAGAAACACAUUAUUCAACGAAUGAAGAACUUCAGGCAACUCUGCAGGAAUUAGCUGAUUUACAAUCUCAAUUAGGUGAACUUCAAUCAGAUAAUGAACGGUUAGCUGAAGAAAAAGAUGUCCUUUUCCAGUCAUUGUGUAGGCAAACAGAAAAACUAGAAGAUUCACGUAAUCAAAUUGGCACAUUACAAGAGUUAUUGUUACGUGAAUCUAAUCCAGCUGAAGUUGGUACAACUGAAAGAGAACAAAAACUUUUGGAUUUAUUAAAAAAUGCUCAAGAGGAACGUGAAAGUCUUCUUAUAAAACAAGAGGAAUUAAAUUCAGAAUUAAAUGAAUUACGUUCCUCAAUUGAAAAACAAACCAAUGAAAAUGGACGUUUAAGAGAAAGAAUUUGUCUCUUAGAUUCAACAGUUGAUGCUGCUACUGCUGAACGCAAACAAAUAGAAUCACAAUUAAUUCAAGCCAAAGAAGAUUCAGCUGAAAAACAAAUAGAAAUAAGUCGUCUAUCAACAUUGCUAGAUAAUGCGAGAGCAAAAAUUGACGAAUUAGAACAAGAUCGUGCAAUGGGUGAUAAAUCAGAUUUAGGUGAACUACUGGAUGCUGCCAGAAGGGAAAAAGAUCUAUUAGAGGCUCAAGUUGCUUCUUUACAAGAACAACUUUCAAAAUGCCAGUGCGAGAUUCAAAAACUAAAGGAUCAGUUAGCUGGUAUUACUGAAGAAUGUAAAGUGGCACGAAAUAAUGCUAAAUGUGCACUAUCCGAUUUAGAAUAUAAGUAUGAGACAUUAAAAGAGGAGAAAGAUCAAUUAUGUAAAGAUUAUCAAAGCUUACAGGAUAGUACAAAUGAGCUUCAGGUGCAAUGUAAAUGCCACUUAGAAGAUAAAACUCAACUUGAAAGUCUUUUAUCAGAAACACAAAGACAUUUAGGAGAAGCUGAGCGCAUGUUAGCUGAAAAAGAAGAACAAAUUCAAGAAGAAAUUAGGAAACGAGAACAAGAGGCUGAAGAAUGGGGUCAAUUCCAAUCUGACUUAUUAAUGACUGUAAGGGUAGCAAAUGAUUUUAAGACUGAAGCUCAAAUAGCAAGAGAACAACUUGUUAUGGAUAAUAAGACGUUAAGGGAGAAAAUACGUGGUUUAGAACAACAAAUUGAAAAAUUAAACAAACGUAUGGAUUUAGAUUGCACGCAUAAUGGGAAUGCUACUAGUAACGCACAGCCCAAUAACAAUAACGUUAAUGCACAGCUUUUAAAUUUAACUAACACCAAUAACAUACUUCAUGUACAAAAUCAGAAUGAGUUCUUAAAUCAAGUUGAAAAAUUACGCCGCGAAAUAAAUUCUUUUGGAUCUCAACGUAAAGCCUCAAUACCAAUUAAUUUGGAAAGUCGAUUUCGGUAUUCUUUACCAAUAAAUCAACAAUAUUUAUUAUCAAAUGUUGAAAAAAAUCCAAAAGUGCAUUUCUCUGAGCCUAAAAAACCAUUAACAAAAAUAAAAGAUCGUACAACACUAUUGUCACCAACAGAUCCACAUGGUAUUUCACCAGAAGAAGAUGAAACAACAAUAAAUCAUGAUCCAGGUUUAUUAACACCUGAAAGCCAACCAAAAUCUAUUUUGAGAAAUAGCAAUGAAAAUUUAGAACAUGGUUCUUCGAUAUUUUCAUUUACACAAAGCACUUUAGAUUUAGCAUCUCCGUCAAUUGAACAAGAUGGUUUUAUCAAACCUGUUUUUAUAUGCCGUAGUACUGAUGAUUUAAUUGUUCAAGAUAUUGAUGGUAUACAAAGAUGUAAAGAAAAGAAUUCAAAAUACAAAUUUCGACAGCAUAGAUCUCAUGAAAAUUUAAUAGAUGAUGAAAAUUCUAUUGAACAAAAAUGUGUCUCAAAUGCUGAAAAUAUCAAAAAGAAACCGCAACCUUUACCAAGAUUAAAUAGUUUACCAUCUGCUGAAGAUGUUGGAGUAUGUAAUGAAACCUUUGUAAAUAAAGUAGUUUUUAUUCUAAAUAAAGAAACAAAUGAGUUUGUAUUGGAAAAAAAUAAGGAUAAUAUGACAACAACAGCAGAAGAAGAUUCUAUUAGAAAUGAAAAUAAUGAUAUAUUAUCAAUUACAAAAAAUAUUUUUGGAAAAAAUUCAGAGAAAAUUCAACAAGAAGACGAAAAUAAAAUUAGAAACAGCUUAGAAUCAAAAAAGAAUAUACCAAAUUUUAAUUUUGGUAAAAAAUUGUAUGAAAACAAAAUGCAGUCCAAGGUAACGACAUCUGUUGAACAAGCAGCACAACAAUCGUUAUUAACUACAGUUCAACAAGAGAUGGCAGCACGACGGCAAAAAGUUGGUAUUUCACGUCAAGAUUCAAGAUUAUCAGUAAAAAGCUUAAUUGAGAGUAUAGAAAAUGUGAAUAAACAAACCAAAUCUAGUAAUAAUUUGACAACAGUAACUGUUACUGCUGAUUCAAAAUGUAGUUCAUCAUCUAGUUUAAAUAGUAUACCAACGGAUGGUCUUAAUGGUGGUACCAAUUGUGGUAAUAUCGUUGGUGGUACAGGUAGUUUAACAAAUAAUACAACAAUUGUACAAUUUAGUACGAAUAAUCAAAAUGGUAGCAAUCGAAAUUCAGAUUGGAGUGAGAAUAUUCAUGCUCCUGUCGUUACCGGUAUAACAGCAAAAAGUCCAUUAAGAGAACAACAACAAACUGCUGGUACCAAUAUUAAUAUCACAUUAAAUGGUGGCCAAAAAAGUAUAAUUUCAGAUUUUACAAAAUCGAAAUCAAAUGGCCUAUUAUUAUUCAACAAUAGUAGUAGUAACAAUAACAACAAUAAUACAAAUUUCAAUCAUAAUAAUAAUAAUAAUUCAAAUUCAGCAAUUAAUUAUAAUCAUACAAAUAAUAAUAAUUAUAAUAGUAAUUAUACGACGAAUACAAAUUUAAAUAAUAGUAAUAAUUACAAUAAUAACAAUAACUAUCAUGGACGUUUCAUAAAGCAAUCAAAUAAUGAUGAAUCGUCUUGUGUUGUUGUUUCAUCGAUAUUUGGUCAUAAAACAAUGGAUUCAUUUGUAAGAAGAAAUAGUUCCUCUGGAGAUUUAUGUGAAAGAAAAGAUCCUUUAAAUGCUUUAGUUAAAAAUGGUGGUUCAAAACGUAAUGCCUUAUUAAAAUGGUGUCAAAAUAAAACAGUUGGCUAUCGAAAUAUUGAUAUCACAAAUUUUAGUUCAUCAUGGAAUGAUGGUUUAGCAUUUUGUGCAAUUUUACAUUCAUAUUUACCAGAUAAAGUCCCAUAUGAUACAUUGGGACCAAAUAAUAAAAGAAGAAAUUUUUCAUUAGCAUUUUCAGCAGCUGAAAGUGUUGGAAUUCCUACAACAUUGAAUAUUAAUGAAAUGUGCCAGCAAGAACGACCUGAUUGGACUCAAGUGAUGGCCUAUGUUACAGCCAUUUAUAAGCAUUUUGAGGCGUAAAAAUAAAUUAUUUUAUUAUAUUUGUUUUAGGCCUAAUUUUUUUCUUUUUAAGUUGUAUGUUGUAAUUAGAACAAAAAAAAAAAAAAUCUCAAUAUGUUACUAUAAAAAUAUUCGUAUUAUUUGUUUUUCAAAUAAACAAUUACCUAAGAAAAAUUUGUAAUUUAAUAAUUUUCUUUUCAUUUCAUUUCAUUUUUAAAAAUCGAAGUUUUUUUUUUUUUUUUAAGUCUUUUGAUUUUAUUUUCAUUUGGUUGUUAAUUUUAUAUAAAAUAAUUUAUUAAUCACAAAAUUUUUACACAUGCAUCAUAUUAUAACAUAUUAUGUUUUUUGAAUUUGUAUAAUUGAACGAAAAUUAUUUUUCAAAUAAAAAAGAAAAUUUUAUAAUUAUUUUAAUUGUAAAAAUUAAUUUUUUUGUCUUUUUCUUACGGUUUGAAUUUUCAAAACUAGAGAAGAAUAAGGUUAGCUUAAAUUUAAAA